CUCUUCAAUACAAGAAAGCUUUGAUUCUUCGUACUUGUAUAUAAACUCAAUGCAGCAAAAUCGAUGCUCUUCUUCACAGGGAAACCAUUCCUACUUCUCCUGUCUAAGAAAACUUAUUCAUUAUAUUGAAGUUCUAGGCAUAGAAGAAACUUCAAAGGUUCAUUAUGGAAGUAGCUAGAGUUAUCACAGGAGAUUUACUUACCCGUACAACGUUCUUUCUCUUCUGCUUUCUUUGUAUUUCGGAUACAAGCAUUACAGAGAAGUCUCCCUCAGAAACAAUCAGAAAAGGCAAAAAAGUCAACUAUCAAGAAAACCAAAUGAUCUUUUCAUCUUCAGCAUCUACCACCCUGCGAUAUACAACUACAGGAAACACCCCCAUUGUCAAUCCAACAACACCAGGUACAUCUCCUAUUGUAAAUCCAACGACCCCACCGCCAUCAACCACCACUCCACCAACCAUAACGCCGUCAACCACCACCGGACCCACCAUAACACCUCCAACCAUCACUGGGCCUACCAUAACUCCGCCAACCGCCACUGGACCUACCACGACAACACCAACCACCACCGGACCAACCACAACUACUCCGACAUCAUCAGGCCGUGCUUGGUGUAUUGCGAGUUCGUCCGCUUCAGAAACUGCUUUACAGGUUGCUCUAGAUUAUGCUUGUGGCUAUGGAGGUACGGACUGUUCGGCUAUUCAAUCAGGUGCAAGUUGCUACGAUCCGAAUACAGUUCAUGACCAUGCUUCUUAUGCUUUCAAUAGCUACUACCAGAAGAACCCAGCUCCCACCAGUUGUGCUUUCGGGGGAGUAGCACAACUCAGUGACGCCGAUCCAAGUCGUGGGAAUUGCCACUAUGCUUCAUCCACUACCACCCCAACACCACCUGCAACUCCAACGAUGCCGACAACUCCAACUACGCCCACAACUCCAAUACCACCACCCAGCACAACUUCCCCUGUCAAUCCUUACAUGCCUGGUGGAGGAACUGGCUCUGGUACAGAACCAACGGGUUACGAUAAUGGCUUGUCACCAACAGGCACCCCAAGUUCAGCAAAGACAACAACGUACAGCCUACUGCUGACCAUUACCAUGAAGUGUGUCCUACUAUCAAUUGCAGCAAUUUAUUCAUAAACAACUCGAUGAGAACUUAUGGUUACCAUCUCCGCAAUGAGAUUGCAAUUCCUUGGCUGCCUCCAUGUUACGCAAAAUUUUGAGGCAGAGAGAUGCCAAUAGAAAUAAAUCUCAAGGCCUUCGCCACUGCAUCUUGAUACUCAAGCUUAUAGAUCAAGUAGCCAGGGGAUAGUGGUGAAGCACAUGUUAUUUAUAGCUCUACUUCUGUAGUCAAUAAGAGAUGUUUGUUACCUAUUAUUCACAACAAUGUAAAAAAUUACAACACAUAAGAGCUUAGUUACUUAUUCUUCGUUAA